AUGGUUGUUGGAUAUGGGAUUAUGGGAUUAUGGGUUUAUGGGUUUAUGGGUUUAUGGGUUUAUGGGUUUAUGGGUUUAUGGGUUUAUGGGAUUAUGGGUUUAUGGGAUUAUGGGAUUAUGGGAUUAUGGGAUUAUGGGUUUAUGGGUUUAUGGGAUUAUGGGAUUAUGGGAUUAUGGGAUUAUGGGUUUAUGGGAUUAUGGGAUUAUGGGAUUAUGGGUUUAUGGGUUUAUGGGUUUAUGGGUUUUACCCUGCACUCCAUGCCGACCGCGAGGGUCCUCACCGGUGUGUGCUAUACACCCGCCAAGGGUCUGGCUGGUUUGUAG